AUGCAAGACCGAGUGAAGGAGCACAGCCCGGAGACCUGUGCCCAAGCAGUGGCUCUGGUGGAGGAAUUCCUGCCCAUGCAGCAUGAAGAUGGUAGUUGGGAAGAGCAGGAUCCUAGACUCUGCGAGGAGAUGGCUUUGAGUUUCUCAAGUGGCGGGAAGGACAUUUUGGGGAAUCCGCAAAAGGAGAUCUGGAAUACAGUGAAGGAAGGGGGUGAAGAAAGUGCCAGCUUGGUGGGGAAACACUGUGUAGUGAAGGAAGAAGGUCACAUACAAGAAGGCCCCAAGCAAGAAGACUGUGAGAUAUUAGAAAGGAUAAUCACAGAGAAAGAGGUCAUUUACUACUACCAAGCUGAAGCUCCUUAUGGUUUGUGUGGAUCAAGAGGGCACUCUGAAAGCAAUCAGAAGGCAGGAAUGGAUUUGUCUGUUCCUAGCAGAGUAAGCUCUCAAGAACUAAAUGAAAUCCUAGUCAAGGAAGAAAUGGAGAACCUGAGUAAAAACAAAAAAAGUUUGAAUCUGGUGAACCGCAAAAGAAGCCAUGCAGAAGAGAAACCAUUCAAAUGCUCAGACUGUGGCAAAUCUUUCCGCAUGAAGAGCAAGCUUGUUAAGCACCACCAGUCCCACACAGGGGAGAAACCGUACGGAUGCUUAGACUGCGACAAAUUCUUCAGCUCCAAGUAUUGCCUCUUUCAGCAUCAUAGUAUCUACCACAGGGGAAACCCACAUGAGUGCUCAUACUGCGGGAAACAUUUCCGGAUGAAUUCCGAACUCAUGCAGCACAACAAGAUCCACACAAGGAAGAAGCUGUUUAAGUGCUCCGACUGCGGCAUGUCAUUCACCAAUAACUCAGAUCUUGUGAAGCACAACUGGAUCCACACCGGAAAGAAGCCAAUCGAGUGCGCAGAUUGUGGCAAGUCAUUCACCAGAAACUCAGACCUCGUGAGGCACACCUGGAUCCACACUGGGAAGAAGCCGUUCGAGUGCUUGGACUGUGGCAAGUCAUUCAGAAAAAAUGCUGACCUUGUGAGGCACAACUCAAUCCACAUGGGGGAAAAGUCAUUCAAGUGCUCGGAUUGUGGCGAGUCAUUCAUCAAGAACUUGGACCUCGUGAGGCACAACUGGAUCCACACUGGAAAGAAGCUAUUCGAGUGCUCGGAUUGCAGCAAGUCGUUCACCAAGAACUCAGACUUUGUGAGGCACAACUGGAUCCAUACUGGGAAGAAGCCAUUCGAGUGCUCAGACUGUGGCAAGUCGUUCACAAAGAACUCGGACCUCGUGAGGCACAAAUGGAUCCACACUGGGAAGACGCCAUUCAAAUGCUUGGACUGUGGCAAGUCGUUCAGAAAGAACGCGGACCUCGUGAGGCACAACUGGAUCCACACCGGGAAGAAGUAA